AUGUCCGAACCAGAACAAUUUGCCUUCCAAGCUGAGAUUUCUCAGCUUAUGUCCAUUAUUAUCAACACUUUCUACUCAAAUAAAGAGAUUUUCCUUCGUGAGUUAAUUUCCAACGCCUCUGACGCCUUGGACAAAAUCCGAUAUGAAUCACUCACGGAUCCAUCAAAGCUUGAUACCGGUAAAGAACUAUACAUCAAAAUCAUACCGGAUAAAGAAAAUAAAGUGUUAUCCAUCCGAGAUACCGGUAUUGGAAUGACCAAGGCUGAUCUCGUUAAUAAUCUUGGCACUAUCGCUCGAUCUGGUACAAAAUCCUUUAUGGAAGCUCUCCAAUCUGGCGCCGAUAUUUCCAUGAUUGGUCAAUUUGGUGUAGGUUUCUAUUCAGCUUACCUGGUCGCCGAUCGUGUACAAGUCAUCACCAAGCAUAAUGACGACGAGCAAUAUAUCUGGGAAUCGGCAGCUGGUGGAUCAUUUACAAUCACUCGCGACACGAUAAAUGAACCACUUGGACGAGGCUCAGAAGUGAGGCUCUUCUUGAAGGAAGAUCAACUUGAAUAUCUUGAAGAAAAGCGAAUUAAAGAAGUUGUCAAAAAGCAUUCUGAAUUCAUUGGUUAUCCUAUUCAACUCCUC